ACCAUGCGCGAGUACAAGCUAGUGGUGCUGGGUUCAGGAGGCGUGGGAAAAUCUGCACUGACAGUCCAGUUUGUGCAAGGAAUUUUUGUGGAAAAGUACGACCCUACAAUAGAAGACUCAUACAGAAAGCAAGUGGAAGUGGACGGGCAGCAAUGCAUGCUGGAGAUCUUGGAUACAGCUGGAACAGAGCAGUUCACGGCCAUGCGGGACCUUUACAUGAAGAACGGCCAGGGUUUCGCUCUGGUCUACUCCAUCACAGCGCAGUCGACCUUCAAUGACUUGCAGGACCUACGGGAGCAAAUCCUGCGAGUGAAGGACACUGAGGAUGUCCCCAUGAUUCUGGUGGGGAAUAAGUGUGACCUGGAGGACGAGCGCGUGGUGGGCAAGGAGCAGGGUCAGAACUUGGCCCGUCAGUGGAGCAACUGUGCCUUUUUAGAGACGUCGGCCAAAUCGAAGAUUAACGUUAAUGAAAUUUUCUAUGAUCUGGUGCGACAAAUCAACAGAAAAACACCGAUGGAAAAGAAGCCAAAAAAGAAGAAGGGCUGCACACUGCUCUAG